AGAUAGCAGCUGGAAAUGGUAAUAUGGCGGGAAGAAUGUUGUGAAAUGACUCGAAAUCUGCUUUCCACCUCUAAUUUGGAGUUUCGCGGCUGAAUUUUGGAAAUUUUAAAACACAUCUUGAAAUGGCUACUUCCAAGAAGAUUUCUGACGAAAGUCUUCAAAAGCUCUGUAAAGCAGGGACAGCGAAACAACCAGGAAAUUAUGCGAAAUGGUACGCUUAUGUUUGCCAAGAGUUGGGCAACGCUCCUCAAAAUCCAGGCGGUAGUGGAGACUUUGAUUAUUCCAUUGAGCAGCAUCUCUUGAAGGAGAAUAGACAGGAAGACUUGCUGCGAUAUGCUGAACUCAAACGAAAACUUUACGAAACAAGCGUGGUGGAGAAAAAGGAAGAGUUGCUGCGAUUCUUUACGAUGGUGUCUUACUUUCGAGUGACCGGAGUGAACAAAAAAAAUCGAAUGGAAAAGGUUAAGGCUGAGCCUGAAAACGACUUUAAACAGCCAAACCCUGAAGAUUUUGCAUUCCUGAGGCAUGCUUCUAUAGUUGAUUGCCCUGUUGAUAGAAGCCCAGGAUUUAGGCGGAGUUUUUCUCCUCUUCGCCACGUUGAACAAAGCCAUUCGUAUGUCUCUAGACGAGAAAGUUAUGCUGAAUCUAUUUGCUCCAAUGUUAGUGCAAGAUCUGCUGUCAGACCCCUUGAGGGCCGAUAUUCUCAGAAUGAUUUGAUAAGAGAAGUGAUGUUUGUGUUUAAUGGCGUCGGAGGAAGUAUUUUUAAGGAUGACUGUGGUGAUGGAACAUUUAGGAUAUCUCAAAAAUUGGAGGAUCCAUUGCGACAGCAAGCUGCUCAUCUAGCUGAGAUUGGCACCUUGAACUUUAAGAUAAGAAAAAUGGUCGAAUCUGUGCCCCACAUAGGAGCACCCUAUUGUCUGUCUGCCCUCGUUGGUGCAGUCCGAGAUCAACUGCAUGAGUUUAGCAGACUAAUCACGAACCUGGAAUCAGAGCUGAGACAAGCUUCUAGAGACAACCCAAUGAGUCUUUUACAAGUUCGGAUAAUAACGCAUCAACCAAAAUGUCACUUGCAGUGGCUAUCAACUGUUGCAAAUGAGUGCAAGGACAAGAAAGGAGGAGCUCUGCUCUCAAAUCUUCACUCCCUGGUACAGCACGGGGAUCCAAAAGUUCGAGAGUGGCUUCAACCUCUUCUUUCAGCUGCUGCAGCUCCCUUUUAUGAAAUCCUGUCAGAGUGGCUUGAGCGGGGUACGAUCAAAGAUCCUCACACAGAGUUUUUCAUCUCAGUCGACAACGAAACUAUUGUGAACAAUUUCUGGCACCGGAAAUACUCAAUUAGGGAGUCAAUGAAGCCAAGUUUUAUUUCUCAGUCUCAGGCCAAUAUGGUUCUGACGACAGGUAAAAGUGUUGCAUUUCUCACGCAGUGCUGUGGAAAAUCGCCAAAGGAUUUCAAGAUCCCUGGUUUGCAAGAGGCUAUAGAAAACGGCAGCGACAAACUAUGGGAUGUUGAUGGCGCCUUGCAAGUCUGCAUUGAAGCAGCUCACAAGUCAUUUUCCAAGGAGGCGCUUAAUGUGAUGCUACAUGAAGGAAAGUUGGCUCUUCAUUUGCAGGCCAUGCGUCGCUACAUGCUUCUCGGAAGUGGAGAUUUCAUAAAACUACUAAUGGAGUUUUCUGCAGAUGAGCUCAACAAAAAAGCAGAUCAGCUCAUGGCACACACACUGACUCCUAAAUUGGAAUCAGCAAUCCGUGCGACCAAUGCACAAUACGAAGAUGAGGAUGUCUUGAACCGUUUGGACAUUAAACUUUUGUACAUGACUAAUGAAGAAACUGGCUGGGACAUUUUCUCUCUUCAGUAUUGCAUUGAUGGGCCCAUUGCCAUGGUAUUUCCUCCAGAAGUGAAAUUCAAAUACCUAAGUCUCUUCAAUGCUCUGUGGAGAGCAAAGAGAAUGGAAUGGCUGCUGUCCAAUAUGUGGAGAAGCCAGGCAAUAUCAGCAAGAGAGUUGAGGAAAAUGACUGAAAUUGGGCCGCUGAUUCGAGAAUUGUCUGUGCUGAUUUCUGAAAUGAACCAGUUCAUGCGGCAAAUGCAGUACUACUUGCUCUUUGAAUGUGUUGAGUGUCAAUGGAGUUUGCUCCAGAAGGCCAUUGCCCAGGCUGCUUCUCUUGACGACAUAAUUCAUGCACACAACAAGUUCCUGGACAACAUUAUGAAGAGUUGUUUAUUGGAUGAAGAAUCUCAACACCUGACUUACAUUCUGCGCAGAAUUUACAAUAACGUCCUGGACGUCAGCAAGUUAGAGGCUUCAUUCGACAAGCUGAUUAAUACAGAAUUCCAGAGAAGAAAAGAGCUUGACAAACAGUAUGAAAUGUUGGAGGAAGCAAGCAUGUUUGGUCUGAACAAAGAAGAUGAGGCAAGGGAGAAGCAGGCUCAAAAGGAGUUCGAGAAUGCAAUGACUCGAAUCAGAGUCUCAUUAAUGAUGAAUGCUGAUGGCUAUAGGGAACGGGUGAAGGAAUUCCUGCUUGCUUUAGCUUCUCACCCCAAUGAAGAUCUGCAGUUCCUAAGUCUCCGUCUUGACUUCAACGAGUACUACAAAACGCUGGACAAGCGUCUCAGCACCCCUCACACUCUAAGCUACCGGCGCCGCAGCUCGUUAAUGCCUCCAUUUGCAGCCAUGACUGUCAGUGCUGAAUUCUGACCAGUUCUCCAAGUUGCUAAUCGCAGGAAGUCUAAAUUGCUAGCUAUAUGCUGUGUUGGGUAAUUUUUGACUGACACAAUGCCAUUCAUUUUAAUAUACACAGAAUAGUGUAAAUUUUUAGUAAGUCUAAAACUUCUUUAUUCUUAUUUUUUGAUAAUUUCAAGAUGUGAUAUCAAUCAUUUGUUAAAUAUGUGCACUGCUGAAUAGUAAACUUAGCUUUCCAUCUCCAAAAAUCUUCCUUGAGAACUUCCAUUUAAUUGCACAAAGGUCGUUUUUAGAUUUGUGACCAUAACCAAUCACUAGCUAAAUAUUAAUAUAAAACAAUUAUUAAAGUGUUUAACUGCGGAUACAAGAAUAAUAAAUAAGAUUAUUAAUAA